GGGGGGCCAAGAUGGCGGCAGCAGUAGGGGUCCGUGGCCGGUCUGAGCUGCCGCCUUGCUUCGGCCCAGGCUGGCUUCUCAGCCUUUCUGCCUUGCUGAGUGUGGCGGCACGAGGGUCCUUCGCCACCACGCAUUGGGUCGUCACCGAAGACGGGAAGAUCCAACAGCAGGUGGAUUCACCAAUGAACUUGAAGCAUCCCCAUGACUUAGUCAUAUUAAUGAGACAAGAAACCACGGUUAACUACCUCAAAGAAUUGGAGAAGCAAUUAGUUGCUCAAAAAAUCCACAUAGAGGAGAAUGAGGACAGAGACACAGGACUGGAACAGAGGCAUAAUAAAGAAGACCCAGACUGCAUCAAAGCCAAGGUGCCCUUAGGGGACCUAGAUUUGUAUGAUGGCACAUAUAUUACUUUGGAAAGCAAAGACAUCAGCCCAGAAGACUAUAUAGACACAGAAUCUCCUGUCCCUCCAGAUCCUGAGCAACCUGAUUGUACCAAAAUUUUAGAACUUCCAUAUAGUAUACAUGCUUUUCAGCACUUGCGGGGUGUACAAGAGAGAGUUAAUCUUUCUGCUCCUUUAUUACCUAAGGAAGAUCCUAUCUUCACCUAUUUAUCUAAACGCUUAGGAAGGAGUAUAGAUGACAUAGGUCACCUCAUUCAUGAAGGCCUGCAGAAGAACUCUUCCUCCUGGGUCCUUUAUAACAUGGCUUCAUUUUACUGGAGAAUAAAAAAUGAACCAUAUCAGGUAGUGGAAUGUGCCAUGCGAGCACUUCACUUCUCUUCCAGGCACAAUAAAGACGUUGCCCUGGUCAAUCUGGCAAACAUCUUGCACAGAGCACACUUCUCUGCUGAUGCUGCUGUUGUGAUCCAUGCAGCCCUGGAUGACAGCGACUUCUUCACCAGCUACUAUACAUUGGGCAAUAUUUAUGCAAUGCUUGGGGAGUACAACCACUCAGUGCUCUGUUAUGACCACGCUUUACAGGCGAAACCUGGGUUUGAACAAGCUAUAAAAAGAAAGCAUGCUGUCCUCUGUCAACAAAAACUUGAGCAAAAAUUGGAGGCUCAACAUAGAUCUCUUCAGCGAACACUGAAUGAAUUGAAAGAGUACCAGAAGCAGCAUGACCACUACCUGAGACAACAGGAGAUCCUAGAAAAACAUAAGCUGAUUCAGGAAGAGCAAAUCUUAAGAAAUAUCAUCCAUGAGACUCAGAUGGCAAAAGAGGCACAGUUAGGAAAUCAUCAGAUUUGCCGUCUGGUCAAUCAGCAGCACAGUUUACAUUGCCAAUGGGACCAACCUGUGCGCUACCAUCGAGGAGAUAUUUUUGAAAAUGUGGACUAUGUUCAGUUUGGUGAGGAUUCAUCAACCUCCAGUAUGAUGUCUGUGAACUUUGAUGUUCCAGCAAAUCAGAGUGACAACAAUGAUUCCAUCAAGUCUUCUCCUGUAGCCCAUUCUGUUCUCUGGAUCUGGGGCCAGGACUCUGAUGCAUACAGGGACAAACAGCAUGUUCUGUGGCCUAAAAGAGCAGAUUGUACAGAAAGCUACCCUCGAGUCCCUGUUGGUGGGGAAUUGCCAACGUAUUUUCUGCCUCCAGAGAACAAAGGACUCAGGAUCCACGAACUCAGCAGUGAUGAUUAUUCUUCAGAAGAAGAGGCCCAAACCCCUGACUGUUCCAUUACUGACUUCAGAAAAAGCCACACUCUGUCCUACUUAGUCAAAGAAUUAGAGGUCCGCAUGGAUCUGAAAGCCAAAAUACCAGAUGACCAUGCACGAAAAAUUUUACUUUCCCGUAUUAAUAACUACACUGUCCCAGAGGAAGAAAUCGGGUCUUUCUUAUUUCAUGCUAUUAACAAGCCAAAUGCUCCUGUCUGGCUUAUACUCAAUGAAGCUGGACUCUACUGGAGAGCAGUGGGAAAUAGCACUUUUGCUAUUGCCUGUCUUCAGAGGGCUUUGAACUUAGCUCCACUUCAAUACCAGGACAUUCCCCUUGUCAACUUGGCAAACCUGUUGAUUCACUAUGGCCUUCACCUUGAUGCUACGAAGCUACUACUUCAAGCUUUGGCCAUCAAUAGCUCUGAGCCCCUGACCUUUUUGAGCCUGGGAAAUGCUUACCUUGCCCUAAAGAAUAUCAGUGGGGCCCUUGAAGCCUUUAGACAGGCUUUGAAAUUAACUACCAAAUGCCCAGAAUGUGAAAACAGCCUGAAGUUGAUCCGGUGUAUGCAGUUUUACCCUUUUCUAUACAACAUCACCUCUUCUGUUUGCAGUGGUCAUUGUCAUGAGAAAACCCCGGACAACAGCCAUGACAAGCAGAAAUAUUUUGACAACUCCCAAUCACUGGAUGCUGCUGAAGAAGAGCCCUCUGAGAGAGGAACAGAGGAGGACACUGUACUCUCUGUUGAGGACUCAGGGAGGGACUCAGGUGCUCUUAGACUUGAAAGUACAGUGUUUGAAGAAAGCAAUGGCUCUGAUGAGAUGGAGAAUUCAGAUGAAACAAAGGUGUCAGAAGAGAUACUGGCUUUGGUAGAUGAGUUUCAACAGGCAUGGCCCCUGGAAGGCUUCGGGGGAGCACUAGAUAUGAAGGGGCGGCGUCUAGACUUGCAGGGAAUACGGGUGCUGAAGAAGGAUCCUCAGGAUGGAGUAGCCAAAAGCUCUUGCUAUGGGGACUGCAGAAGUGAAGAUGAUGAAGCAACAGAAUGGAUCACAUUCCAAGUCAAACGAGUAAAGAAGCCCAAAGGAGAUCAUAAAAAAACUCCUGUGAGAAAGAUAGAAACUAAUCAAGCAGAAAAUGGGCAUCCUUACCAAGCAAACCUAGAGAUCACUGGCCCAAAGGUGGCAUCUCCUGGGCCACAAGGAAAGAAACGUGACUACCAGAGUCUGGGAUGGCCCAGCCCAGAUGAGUGCCUCAAACUCCGCUGGGUAGAGCUAACUGCUAUCGUGAGUACCUGGCUUGCAGUUUCUUCAAAAAACAUUGACAUCACGGAACACAUUGAUUUUGCUACCCCCAUACAGCAGCCAGCAAUGGAGCCACUGUGCAAUGGCAAUCUCCCCACAAGCAUGCACACACUGGACCAUUUGCAUGGGGUGUCCAACCGAGCCAGUCUGCACUAUAUGGGCGAGAGUCAGCUGACAGAGGUAUUGCAGAAUCUUGGCAAAGACCAAUAUCCACAACAGUCACUUGAACAAAUUGGCACCAGAAUUGCAAAAGUUUUAGAAAAGAACCAGACAUCCUGGGUCCUUUCCAGCAUGGCAGCCCUCUACUGGAGAGUGAAAGGCCAAGGAAAGAAAGCCAUCGACUGCCUCCGCCAAGCCCUCCACUACGCUCCACACCAAAUGAAGGUGCGUGGGACUUAUAAGGCAGCAGCUGGCAUCCAUGUCCUUCCUGUUGCCUAGGUGUUGCCCAGGCGUUUAUCAUGAGGCUUCAGCUAGCCUUCCUCACUCUCAGCCAGUCUGGAGGUGGAGCAUGGACAAGAGGGGCAGAGGGCCGCAGCAAGCCUGGAGCCAUCUCCUGUAGCAUGCUCCCCUCACCUCAGCGAGUUGGAGUGUGAUGAAGGUCUUAGGAUCACAUCACUUAGGACCUCUUCCACUGUAUUCACAGCUACCAUUGUACAUAGAGGACAUCAGCUAAGCCACCUGGAAGCCUCUCUGGGAGUUACCUUAGCCUCAUGGGGCCUCUUUAUGCCCUAUACUGGAGCUUGAGUUCACUAAGACAGAAGCAAGUUUAC